CCCACGUUGAUCUGUGGCAGAUGCCUGCUUGGUCCUUCAGCCAAUUUUAGCUUGCUCUCUCUGUCAAUAAGAGACCACUCCCUACUUUCUACACCAUUACCUCUACUGCUGCUCUAAUCCUGUAUUACAUCUGCUUUCACCUUCCGCACAAAAAGAAACAAAAAGACUUUGGUUUCUAACGCAGCCUGUGUGCAGUUUUUUCUGUUGCCUUCAGAGUUCAUAUCUUUGUAAACUUCACUGCUGAACAGCAAACCGUGUGUCAUCAUUCUCAAGGUGCUUUUAGUAGAAACAGACGGCUCUGAUCAGCCACACGACAGCUCAUCAGUGUAUGACUCCACCAAAACCUCAUUGAAGUAUGGACAAAGACAGCAAGAUGAUGACAUUCUGUCUGCUUUUGGCAGCUGUCAGCAACCCUGUGUUUUCUGGAGAAUGGAAGGCGAAUGUGAUAAAAAACCUUGACGCUCUGGUCAAAUCCUGCGUUGUGGUUCCCUGUUCUUUCACUCACCCUAAAGAAAACCUGCCCUCCUCCAGACUCAGAGCCAUCUGGCAUCGCUCAAAGGAUCGAAACCAACGCAUCUACUAUGAAGAUAACACGCAGGUCUUGGAAAACUUUAGGGGUCGCACAAAGUUGUUGGGACACCUGGGUCAGAACAACUGCACCUUAGAAAUUACUGACAUUAAAGAUCAUGACAAUGGCCCUUUCUGUUUUCGGAUUGAACUCGCACGAACAGAGACUGAUACAGGCACUGUUGACAAGUUCUCAUUCGUGGAGGAUUGUGUCGAGUUCAGAAUGCUCCCUGAUCCUCCAAAACUUAAACUGACAAUACCACAGACGGCCAUUCAAGGACGUCCCUACACUCUCACCUGCUCAGUCACCCACACCUGCCCCUCCCAUGUGCCUAAACUCACAUGGAGUAGAGGAACCACAGAUGAAGUGACAGAAAUCCACAAAGAAACCGGAUUUGGCUAUUGGGAGGCACAGUCCAUCCUGACCAUCAUUCCUGAGGAGAAGGACGACCACACCGAGAUCACCUGCACAACACAAUUUAAUGGAGGGGUGACGUCCUCCACAACAAUGACCCUCUAUGUAAAACGUACAGAAAACUAUAACCACAUCAUCAUUCCUACAGUGGUGGCAAUUGGUACAGCUGUGAUCUUUGCAGUUUUCUGCAUUCUCAUGGUGAAAAGAUACAGGAAACGCAUUGAGGAGCUCCAAAGUCAAGAUGGAAGCAUGUGGAACCAGCUGUCCAGGAUGUCUCGCAGAAUUCGCUCUUAUGGCCCACGAUCAUCUCCCUCCGAUCAAAGUGGGUCUAUUUGGAGCAGAUACUCAAGAAGGCCUAAAGGCGACAAAGUGGAUGUAGGUCCAAAGCCCAAAAAUGUAAAUUCAAAAUCCUGUGCUGACCACCAAGUCACCAAGCCUCGUUUCCCGUCCCCAAAGAGCCAGCCAAAAUCCUGCAAUUACCAAGAGGAUCUUGAGGACGGUGACGACUACGUAAACACUGAAGACCUCAACAUCUAUGGAAACAUCUGAAAAAGACAAAAGGAACAAAACUUAUCACGCAUCACUUCUAUAGUGCAUCUGAAGACUGCAGUUUUGUUUUACAUGACCACUGUAGUGAUCUGCCCUAUAUAUAUAUUCAAUUCUGUCUUUGAUCUUUGAUCAUAUUAUUUUGGAAAAGUAAAAUGUAUUUUGCAUAUAUAUCAUUCAUGAAAUGUUCUAUUCAAUGUCUACUAUUACGACUUUUGCAUAGCAGUGAGUAUGCAACUUUGUUCAGCCAGUGUGUCAUGCACUGAGCAGCUUUUUUCAGAAUAAAUUAGGCCCAGCCCCCA